AUGAUCUCGCAUAAGUUUGUUUAUGGUGAAAUCCUCACCCAACUGAGCCGUCCUUCAUGUGCGCAAGCGUUUCUUUCUGGAACUGAUGGAGCCCUCACAUUGAAGCAGGCAGAAAUUGACUUUCUACAACGCUUGAAAUCGGCUUGGUACCCUUCCUUUCGUGAAUGCUCUUCAUUGAAGUUGGUGGAGGCGAAAGCUGCUGAAGCAUCUCGCGUUGUUGCUGCUGUUCUAUCUGCGAGUGAGGCGGUUGUAGACAAGGAACUCAAUUUGAAAGCGAUCGCUGAACAUGGAGGACUCCCACUAUUUCGCCUAUUUCUAUUACUAUACUGA